GUGUCCAAUUAUCAAGAAACACUUCCGUACAACGAAAGGAAGUCAACGAUAAUUCAUGCGAAUUGACAAAUAAUAUCGUUUACCUUUAAUUUACCUUAAUUAUUCUGAGAGAGUCUUAGUUAAUCGUUAAAGGUGAAAACCUAUUGCAAUGAUGGUGAAAAGACAAUUAAGUUAUUCAGGAUUCCGUCGAUAUCUGAAUUAUCAAUUGGUGGAUCUUAAUUAUUUAACUCCGAACAAACUUGCAACUGAUUAUCAUCCAUGGCGAUUUUAUUUGGCCUUUUUUAUUUGUAUCGUGAAUCAAAUUAAAUUGUCAAUCAUAUUCUGUCAAAAUGAAGUGACCAAUCUGUCCUAUUAUAUUGGUGAUAUAACUUUGCCUGCGGGUAAAACCAAGAAACACCUAACGCUCAUCUAUUCGAGCUGGAUUAUUGGUACUUUUAUGUGUACCGUUACUUUGUACCGAUCUCAAUACACACCAAGAUUACAGAAAUGGAUCGAUAUUGGAAUAAUAUUUGAACAUUUAUCGACCAGAGUUCAUCCGAUCUCUAGGUUACCGACAAUUGUUCACAAGUACUUCAUACGAUUUUGCUUCAGUGUUUUUUGCUCUGCGGGCUUUUCAGCGAUUCUAAUUUGUUUACCUUCGUUUUUCAUUUACCCUCAUCAGUUUCUCAUCUACAUUUGGAUAUGGUUAUUCAUCACAUUCUUAGCGGGCUUGAUUAUUGUCGGUCAUGGAUGUGGUUUCGGGCCACUUUAUGCCGCUCAGAUUUAUCUUUUUGGUGCGAAAAUGAGUAAUCAUACAAGUAGCCUUAUCCAACGUCUUAAUUUCGUGUUGGCCUAUCGGCGAAUCAAAAAAACACACUUAUCGUCAAUCGUUUACAGAUCAGUUCAAUCGAGCACUUCAGUUCUCAGAGAAUUGGUUGAAGGUUAUCACUUUUGGAUUCAUUAUAAUCAAGCAAUUUUCUUGGCUACUUUCAUCGCUCAAUCGAUUGUAUUAUAUUUAAUUUGUUUUGUUGAUAUUCCUAAAUUUCUGAGAUUAGCAUUAAUCGUAUUGGGUUUUAUCAAUUGGAUUACCGGAUUAUCUAUUCAUUUUUUUCUAGGUGCUUAUGGUCAACGAAAGAUUGGACAACAUUGUAGUAAAUUACGACGAACACUUUAUUUAAAUAUUUCCAAUCAAAUGAAGCUACGAUUAGUUAACUAUUUCGAGCAUGUUGAGAGUCGAUAUUUUUUCAGUAUAUUUGGUUCAAUAAAUUAUUCACUUUAUCAUUUUCUUUUGGUUGUCCUAGAAAACGCCACAAACCUCCUACUAUUAAUAACGACGUUGGGUAAAUAACAUUCACCUUAACAAAUAGGCCAGAAUUCCGUCUUGAUUACUCAAAACCAAUAGAAGGCCUUUGUAUUAAUAAUCUUCGAGUUCGAAUAAACUUUAUGUUCAAUAUUAAGUUCGAUUUUAUACGAAUGCUGUGUAAUUAAUAUUGAUUGUCAAUAAAGUCGCAAUUUAUUUCA